UUGACUCCUCGAAAAGCAGAGCUCAAAAGUCAAUGGUGAGUCAAUUGUUUGCAGAAGAUAACUGAGUGCCUUGAUGGAGCUUGUAAUUCUUGUCCCAUCUUCUUUCGUCCUCAUAGCAAUAAUAAAGUUCCUGUAUGAUUACUUGUGGAUACCUCUGCGUGUACAGCGCAUACUGAAUUCACAGGGAAUCAAAGGACCUCCUUACAGAUUCAUCCACGGAAAUGACAAAGAAGUUGCCAAAAUGAGAAAGGAAGCAUCAAGAAAAACUCUGGGUUUGACAGAUGAAAUAUUUCCAAAAGUGCAGCCACAUAUUUACACUUGGAUCAACAGAUAUGGGAAGAAUUAUGUUUAUUGGAAUGGAUUUCGAGCUCAACUUGUGAUUUCAGAACCUGAACUAGUAAAACAAGUUCUGAAAAAUAAUGAAAAUGCUUAUCCAAAGAAGAAGCCUUCGAUUUAUAGUCGCAUGCUAGCGGGGAACGGGCUUGCUUUAAUUGAUGGUGAAAAAUGGGCGAGGCAGAGGAAGCUGGCAAAUUACGUUUUUCAUGGGGAAAGCUUGAAGAACAUGACACCGGCAGUAAUUGCUAGCGUUGAAACAAUGCUUGAGAAAUGGAAAGGUCAAGAAGGCAAAGGGAUCGAAGUGUUCCGAGAGUUCAAAUUGUUGACUUCCGAAGUGAUAUCGAGAACAGCUUUCGGUAGCAGUUACUUGGAAGGGGAGAAGAUUUUUGCCUUGUUGAACAAGUUGACUAUAAUUGUGGGCCGAAAUUUUUUCAAUACCACAAUUCCUUUCAUCGACAAGUUAUGGAAAUCUGCUGAUUUGUUAGAGUCAGAAAAACUUGCAAAAGAAAUACAAGAUUGUGUUAUGAAGAUUGUUAAGAAAAGAGAAGUUGAAGUUGUGAAUGGAGAAGCUGAUAGCUUCGGCAAUGAUUUUCUGGGAUUGCUUCUAAAAGCCUUCCAUGAUUCGGACGAGAAAAACAAGCUUUCACUGGAAGACUUGGUAGGUGAGUGCAAAACAUUCUACUUUGCAGGACAUGAAACUGUUAAUUCCUUGCUAUCCUGGACAGUCUUCGUUUUAGCAAUCCAUGGAGAUUGGCAAGAAAAAGCAAGAAGAGAGGUGAUUCAGAUAUUUGGUAACCAAAAUCCACAUCCUGAAGGCAUCGGAAAACUCAAAACAAUGACCAUGAUCAUUAAUGAAACUCUAAGGCUGUACAGUCCAUUGACUUCGAUCGUAAGACAAGUUGGAAGAGAAGUUCAGUUAGGAAAGCUAGUCCUGCCUGCAAAUGUGGAUCUUCUGGUUCCAAAUAUGGCACUUCACCGUGACCCUCAUUUGUGGGGAGACGAUGUUCAUCUUUUUAAACCAGAGAGAUUCGCAGAAGGGAUUUCCGGAGCUACCAAAUUCAACGCGGCUGCAUUUUUUCCGUUUGGAUUGGGGCCUCGAUCUUGUGUCGGUAUGACCUUUGCAACCACUGAAACGAAGAUUGCUCUAUCCAUGAUUCUGCAAUGCUACAAAUUUACCCUUUCCCCUGCCUACGUCCACUCACCAAUGACUAUUCUCACCCUUCGGCCACAGCAUGGCAUUCAAAUAAUACUCGAGUCACUGCAUAAGGAUGCUUAAAGUACAGAGCAGCUAAGGACUCAGGGUUCGACUCAGUUGGGGCCAUAUAUUCACCCUUACUCGGUAAUAUUAAGCGUAUGUGGGGUUUUCAGCAUUCACGUCCUUCUCUUAUUCUGAAGCUUUGUCCUCUAUAAAGAAAGAAAUGUACACUGUUGAUGUA